GGAUGGGUGUGGCAGUCAGGUGACGUGGAAGUCCAGGGCAUGUAGUUGAUGUAGUUUAAGGAAUGGGCCAUGUGGCUGGAGAUGAGGGACAGAGAGCCAGGUGGUGACUGACUUAUUGCUGAGAGGUUGGUUUUUGAGUCUUCCUCCCCACUAGAGGACAGAAAACGCUUAAUGCGGCUUUUAAGCACAGCAAGAGACAGCCUGCCAGCUCACGGGCGUCAAACUCCAAAUCAUGCCUGGCACCACAACAGGCAAGAAGCUGGAUCUCUCCAAGCUCACAGACGAGGAGGCCAAGCAUGUCUGGGAAGUCGUCCAGCGAGAUUUCGACCUGAGGAAGAAGGAGGAGGACAGACUUGGGGAGCUAAAGACCAAGAUUGAGAAAGAAGACACCAAGAGAGAGUUGUUGGGUAACCAGACCAGCCUGACUGAGUCAUACUGUAUUCGAUGUCUCCAGCCGUUUAAGUUCCUGGUCAACAGCAAGCGUCAGUGUCUGGACUGCCAGCUCUAUAUCUGCAAGUCCUGCAGUCUCUACAACAAGAAGGAGCAUGGCUGGGUGUGUAAUCCCUGUCAUAUGGCCAGGGUCCUCAAGAUCGGGACUUUGGAGUGGUACCAUGAAAACGUCCGGGCUCGCUUCAAGCGCUUCGGCAGUGCCAAGGUGAUGCGAUCGCUCUUCAAGAGGUUGAGCGGGGAACGCAGUCUCUCUCAGAAUGAUCUUAAAGAGCUUCAUGAAUACGACACACAGAGCAUACCUGAGGUCCACACAAAUGGAUACGAGGAGCACAGUUUGGACGCGACAGAUUCACAACACUACAAGGGGAUGAAAAAGGCCAAAAGGCGGCUAACUGUUGAUCCCUUUGAUUUCGAACUGGGCUGUGACUACUCCAUCGAAUCAAGAGGACAGCCAAACCAGGCCCCAGUCUCCCGUGACAUCAUGGACAUGGAUGUAGGUGAGAGGGAGUCCAUGCUUGCUGAGGCUGACAUGGCCUCUGUUUUUCACCAGAUUUUGGAGGAGCAAUGCAAAGUUCUGGACCUGGGAAUGGCUCCACAGCAAGAUGACCUUGCGUACCCAGACAACCAAACUAUACCAUCUCGCUCCAUGUCCCGGCUCAGCUACUCGUCGUGUGGCAGUGGCAGUGCUUGGGGCCCCCCGGGCAGCAGCAGCUAUCUGCCCGGCCCCGAUGACUCCGAGGAGGAGGACCACCACCAGCUUUUCCCUCUCUACCAGUCUCAUCUGGGCCUCUGCAGCCACACCUCCCAGGAGAGCCUGAACUCAGCCAACCCUCCACCACAGAUCACUGACCUGAACAGGCGCAUGUCAGCCAUUGAGACCCUCCUGAACCACUUAGAGCUGAAGGUCACCUCGACAUACGACGAGAGCAGCCAGGCUCCUCCGACUCCAAACGGCACCUCUCCUCUUCCUCAGUGUGAGGAAGUGGACUUAGAGGAGCAGCAACUGAGACAGAAGCUGCACGAGAUGACAGACAACAUCAGUGACCACGGCCUAACCUCUGAUGAGGACGAGAGCCCAGCAUGGAGGAGCCCAGAGGGGGAUGCCAAGCCCAGCAGGAUACCUACCACCAGACCCACAUCCAGAACAAGCAUCCUUCUCUGCAGACUGGAGGAGGAGCAGCCUCAGCUGACUGACGCUCAGAAGACAAGCCUGUCAACAGAGAGCCUGGAGAGAAAGUGGCCCCCGCUAGAGGAGGGGUCAAAGGCGAGCUUCAAAGGCUCCACAGCCUUACUGGUUGAGCUGGAGGGCCAGGUAGCUCAGGCAGCUGCCAACGUCCAGAACGCCCAGAGUGAGGUCUCUUACAUAGAGAACAGGAUUGCUGCCCUGAACGCUGCCGGCAUGCCAGUGGAUAAAAGAAGAAGGUCUGCGAUCCCGAUCCAAGCAAGGAGACUUUCCCAAAACUUUCCCACAAGCCAGGUGGCCAGGUUUGAGAGGAACUCCUUCUACAGGGGCUCCCUGACCCAGAGGAACCCAGUGGCUAAGCCUGAGACCAGGGCUACCUGUGCGAAACCAGUAAUGACGCAGGGCUCAUGAGGAGGAGGCUGAGCAUUAUGUGACCACAUUACAGUUUGUAAUCAACUGAAAUUCAGUUGGAAUGAAAGAGAUUCCUAUUUAAAUUUCAGAGACUGUCAACUGGGAUGGGGGUGCUUACAUUUAUAUUUAAAACCGUUUCCUUUUGA